AUGCUCGGUCGGGCUGCGGGCAGGAAAAGCUACAGCCCCUCGGCAGCGGCGGGCAGAGCCCACCACCCCCAGCGAUCCCUGGACUCGCUGCCCCGCACGCCCACCGUGAGGCUGACGGAGCUCUCCCGCAAGGAUUGCCUGGACGCCCCGGGCUGCAGCGUGGCGGAGCUGCCCGCGGGCAGUGCCAAGCUCAGCAGCAGCCCUGGCGCUGUGGGCACCCUGAAGCGCCCCACCAGCCUGAGCCGCCAUGCCAGCGCCGCCGGCUUCCCCCUGCCCAAGGGCCACAAGACCCCGCUGUGCUACAGCCCCAUGGAGGGCGGGGACGGUCCCUUCAUCGACCCCGAGGACAUCUCGCAGCUGCUGGCAGACGUGGCGCGCUUCGCCGAGGCCCUGGAGAAACUGCGGGACGUGGUGCUGCGAGAUGACCCCAAGGAGCCCCAGAGGCCGCUGGCCCACGAGUGCCUGGGUGAAACCCUCCGCAUCCUGCGCCAGGUCAUCAAUAAAUACCCUCUGCUCAACACCCUGGAGACCCUGACGGCCGCUGGGACCCUCAUCUCCAAAGUCAAGGGUUUCCACUAUGAAUCCAACAAUGAGGCAGACAAGAGGGAGUUCGAGAAGGCUGUGGAGACCAUCGCUGUGUCCUUCAGCAGCACGGUGUCUGAGUUCCUCAUGGGGGAGGUGGACAGCAGCACCAUCCUCUCCAUUCCACCCAGCGACCAGAACCAGACCAUGGAGAGCCUCUAUGGGGGGAUUCCUGGGCCCAGAGGAGAUGGAGUGCCCUCAGGCACGGACAGCUGUGCCACAGCCCGUCCUGCUGCUGAGGAGGUGGAUGUGAUGCUGCAGCGCUGCGAGGGGGGCGUGGACGCUGCCCUCCAGUAUGCCAAAACCAUCUCCAAGUACAUGAAGGACCUGAUGGGAUACAUGGAGAAAAGGAAUGCACUGGAGGUAGAUUUUGCCAGAGGGCUCCAGAAGAUGGCAAACAGCUGCAAGCAAACCAUCAGCCAGGAGACCAGCAUGCCUUUCCUGUCCAUCUAUCUGCUGGCCCUGGAGCAGGACAUGGAGCACGGGGCCUCCAUGGUGCAGGCAGCCACCACCCUGCAGCAGCAAACCUUCCUUCAGCCACUGAUGGUGAGACGCCUGGAACAUGAGAAACGCAGGAAGGAGAUCAAGGAGCAGUGGCACCGGGCUCAGAGGAAACUGCAAGAGGCAGAGGGGAACCUGCGCAAGGCCAAGCAGACGUACAUGCAGCGCAGCGAGGAGCACGACAAGGCCAAGUACAUGGCGGUGAAAGCAGAGGAGGAGCAGCAAAACACGACCAGCAGCACCACCACCAAAACCCUGGACAAGAAGAGGCGGCUGGAGGAGGAAGCCAAGAACAAGGCAGAAGAGGCCAUGGCCACGUACCGCACCUGCGUGGCCGAUGCAAACACGCAGAAGCAGGAGCUGGAGGACACCAAGGUGAACUCGCUGCGCCAGAUCCAUGAAGUGAUCAAACAGACUGACCAGGUCAUCAAAUCGGCCACCAUCUCCUUCUACCAGCUGAUGCACAUGCAGACAGCGGCGCUGCCGGUGAAUUUCCAGACGCUGUGUGAGAGCAGCAAGCUCUACGACCCGGGCCAGCAGUACGCGUCCCACGUGCGGCAGCUGCAGCGCGGCGACGAGCCCGACGUGCAGUACGACUUCGAGCCCUACGUGUCCCACAAUGCCUGGUCUCCCUUUACUCAGCCACAGAAGGGCAGCUUCAGUGCCAGUGAGUUCUCCACGAGUGCAGAGGGGGCUGGGGCUGGCUCAGAGGGAGCAGCAGCAGCCAAGGAGUCGCCAAGUGGGGCUGGAGCAGCCGAGAGAAGAGGUGGGAGGGGACACCAGGUGCACAAAUCCUGGCCAACCUCUGUGGCUGAGGCUGACAGCAGCCUGGAUUCCAAUGCAGGCGAAUUCAGCCACAAGCUCCAGAGGCUCUCCUCCAACGGCACCGCGUCCUCCAGCGAGGAGCUGGAGGAGAAGGACGGGACCAGCAGCACCCCCUUUGAGCAGAGCAUCAAUGGGAUCACCCCAGAGCUGGCAGCUCCCACGGGGCCCUUCAGGAACGUUGGUUUGUCCAAGGCUGCCCAGACCCAUCGGCUGAGGAAGCUCCGAGCCCCCUCCAAGUGUCGGGAGUGCAACAGCUACGUGUACUUCCAAGGAGCCGAGUGUGAGGAGUGCUACCUGGCCUGCCACAAGAAGUGCCUGGAGACCUUGGCCAUCCAGUGUGGGCACAAGAAGCUCCAAGGGAAGCUGCAGCUCUUCGGGCAGGACUUCACGAAGGCGUCUCAGGGCAGCUCGGAUGGGAUCCCCUUCAUCGUCAAGAAAUGCAUCUCAGAGAUUGAGAAGAGGGCCCUGAAAACAAAGGGCAUCUACCGAGUUAACGGUGUCAAGACACGUGUGGAGAAGCUUUGCCAGGCCUUUGAGAACGGCAAGGAGCUGGUGGAGCUGUCCCAGGCCUCCCCUCACGACAUCAGCAACGUCCUGAAGCUCUACCUGAGACAGCUGCCGGAGCCCCUGAUGCCCUUCAGGCUGUACAACGAGCUGAUGGGGCUGGCCAAGGAGAGCCUGCAGGGCACUGAGGCCAAGGGCCGUGCUGGGAAGGGCGGCCCCGAGCUGGUGGACAGAGGAGCCGACACCGACCCGGUGGUGCUGGGCCUGGUGCUGAAGCUCAGGGAGCUGCUCCGGGAGCUGCCCCGUGAGAACAUGGCCACGCUCCAGUUCCUCCUGCAGCACCUGAGGAGGAUCAUGGAAGUGGAACAGGACAACAAGAUGACCUCAGGCAACCUGGGCAUCGUCUUUGGGCCGACGCUGAUGCGCCCCAGGCCCACGGAUGCCACCAUUUCCCUGUCCUCGCUGGUGGAUUAUCCCCACCAAGCUCGGAUCAUUGAGGCACUCAUCAUCUUCUACCCCACCAUCUUCGAGCACAAGGACUUGGCACCCAGCAGGCGUGGCUCAGGUGCCACAGAGGAGGUGGCCAGUGGUGCUGAGCAGGCCCCUGCAGGCUCCCAGCCCGUGGCUCCUCUUGCCACCAGCCCCUACCUGGAGCUGCCUUCGGACAAAGGGAAUUUGGCUUUCAGCGCUGACUCCCUUGCAGAGUCCGGUGACCGCUCCGUGGACUCUGAUUCAGAGCUGGAGGACGGCGGGGAGCCACGGACACACCUGACCAAGCAGGGCAGUGAGACCAGCACGGAAGAGGUUAAUUUCUGUGACGAGGAGGGGCUGCGGAGCCGGAGCUGCAGCGUGGGCCAGUCCGAUGAUGCAGAGGGCUCUGCUCCCGAGGAGCAAAGCAAUCUGGAGGAACAGGCUGAGAGCAGGGAUGGCACCAACCAGCCUGGCACCUCUGCCACCCCCAGGGAUGGCACCAACUAGCCCGGCACCUCUCGGGGCCACGGCAGCCACGAGCUGCAGCCCCGGCUCAUCUAAGGUACCCCAGACACUGGGAUGGACAAAGGAGCAAAUCCCCAUGGCUGCCCAGC